UUGCCAAAUUGCCGCGAAGAUACUCGGACAUCCUAGAACAAACCCGCUUUCUCUACCCAUUCAAAAUCACCAAACCCUAAUUUCAACCAUUCCAAAAUCCCCAAUUUCAAUUUUAUUCCAAUUGAAAAGCUAAUAGUACUAGGAAUGGGCGAAUUAAACAUACAAGAUAUGCCAUUGCCAGCACUAUUCGAACAAGCUCGAAAAAUCCAUGAUUUUUCAGAAUCAAGUGUUGAUCAAGAAACAGUGAGGAAAGGUUGCGAGAUUUUGAGAGUGUGUGAAGAAAUGAUCGGUAAAUUGGGGCUGUUUUCUCUUAAUGAGACUAAAGAUGAUAUUAGCACAGCCAAUCUCAAAUAUGUUCUGGUCCCCUACUAUCUCGCAGAGCUAACAGAAAAAAUUGCAGGAGGUGACAGGAUAGAAGUACUCAAGGCUUCACAAGCUAAGCUAAAAGAAUUCAUUUCUUUUUGUGAGACAAUGGAGCUUGUUCCUGAAGAGGAGAUGGAGACAUCUAAACAAGGUGGAGCUAGUACUGCUCUAGAUCGUAGAGCUAAGAAGAUUGCUCGGUUCAAACGCCAAAGAGCUGCCGAGUCAAAACUACUUGAAUUGAAGGAGCGGAAGGAGCGUCGUGGGCGAUCAACUAAAGCAGCUGCACUGUCUAGUCCUGUGGAGACUGGAGAAGAUGAUGUGUCGGAUGAUGACGGUGAAGAAGAAAGGGAGGCAUGGCUUACAACUAUCUCCUUGGCCCUUUGUAAGGCCUUUGAUUUGCUUGAAAUGCUGAAGAAAGAGGAAGAAAUACUAUCUGCUGUCAGGGAGAAGCAGCUUCAGGAUGGGGAGAAAGACUUUUCUCAGCUAAUACUUGAUGAACGCACUGAAAAAGCAGAAUCUUGGCAUCGCGAUGCUGCUGCACGAGCUCGCUAUACAAAACCUGCAGCACCUAUCACCUGUGCCACUUUUGCACAAGAUGUCAUAGAAGGGAGGGCCAAGGUUUCAGAGGCGCAUGAACAUAAACACCAGCCUUUACUUUUUGGACCUGCAAGUCUUGUUGGUCAGAACCCAACAACUGAACGGGAAAGAAUAGCUGCCCAGGUCUUUCAGCCUCAUUAUAGAUUGCCAACCAUGAGCAUAGAAGAAGCUGGGUUAACAGAGAUGAAUAUGAUGAACGAAUGGCAAGAGAGGACUGUGAAAUUCAUGGAAGAAGCAAAUUCUUCAUGGCACAGGGAUGCCCCAAAGUCAAGGCCAGGUGAAGAGGAUGAAGAAGAUGAUGACGCUGCUCAAGACAAGGCAAGAGCAUGGGAUGACUGGAAAGAUGAUAACCCCCGUGGUGCUGGCAACAAGAAACUCACUCCUUGUGGUUAAAGAAGUAACUGCUGCAGAGUCCAAGAAUUCCCAGCAGUAACCUUUUUUCAGCACCUAAAUUAAGACUCAUUGCACAUGCUAACGCUCGUUUGUCACUCAGUUGAAAACUAUUUAUUCUUGUUUUAUAUGUGCUGCAAUUUUUGUGUAAUGUCUUAGGUAAAUGAUGUAUCGUAAGUGGUUGUUAUUUUAAAGUUGGUAAUGUCAAUUUGUCUAGUAAAAGUGGGUGGUUUGCACAAA